CAGGGUGUUGACCAAGAUGGACUCCUAUCAUCACAAACAGCUUCAAUCCUCCAGAUAACAUUCUCUCAACUACUUUAAUCGAAUAUCUUUUACCACACAUUCUUCCGCUACCCAAAGAUGUCUCUCAAGCCGAUCAUCCUCCACGGCCACCAAGGCGGCCCCAACCCCUGGAAGGUGGCUAUGAUCCUGGAAGAGCUCGAGAUCCCCUUCGAGCACAAAUAUGUACCGUUCGAUACCAUCAAGAAGGAGCCCUUCAUCUCCAUCAACCCCAAUGGCCGUGUCCCCGCCAUUGAAGACCCCAACACCGGAAUCACCCUGUGGGAGUCUGGUGCCAUCAUCGAAUACCUCAUCGAGACCUACGACAAAGACAACAAGAUCAGCCCCAAGGCCGGCACCCCGGGCUACUUCCAUGCCAAGCAAUGGCUCCAUUUCCAGAUGUCCGGACAAGGGCCGUACUUCGGUCAAUUCAUCUGGUUCACUCGUUACCAUCCUGAGAAGAUCACCAGUGCUCAAGAGCGCUACCUGAACGAGAUCCGCCGCGUGACGGGCGUGCUGGACAAGGUCCUCGAAGACCGGGAGUACCUGGUCGAUGGAAAGUACAGCUACGCAGACGCUGCGUUUGUGCAGUGGUACCAGAUUAUUCCCAUGGCUACUGGCGAUGCCAUUGAUUUGGAGAAGGACUUUCCCAACGUCAACGCUUGGCUGCAGAGACUGCAGGCGAGACCUGCGAUCGCGAAGUGCCUGAAGACGUACAGGGAGAGUCUCGCUGCUAAAUAGGAGUGAGAAGGGACUGGGCUAUAGACCUGGAGCUUGGUUUGGGA